UCUUCUUUCGCCGCAUAUCGGAAUAUCAAGUGCUGAUAUCCGACCCCCACGACACACGCAUCAGCACAUCCACCACCACCCCUUGAAAUACCACCUACUCUUCUUCUUUCACCCCGUUUCACCUUUUCCAAACCAUCUCCCAUGCCCGCCCACAGAAGCCCCUUCGAGCCCGAGUACGACGCCCAGUCUGCCGAGAGCCUACUGGUCCUGGUCCAGCACCUAGACAUCGCCUCCAGUACCAUGGCGGCCAAGGAGCCCGCCUCCACCGAGCAAGCAAAGACCCUUGUCAACGACAUUGGAGAGUACCUGAUCCAGGCUGCCCAAGCCUGGGCACAGCUUACCGACGCUCUGGUCGAGAGCAGGCAGAUCCACCAGGCCGUGCUGGAUGCCCACGAGCAGGCUAGGGCCCAGAACCACCUGUCGGAUCUGUCGACGGUGGUGUCGAUGGAUGUGGAUCUCUCCAAGCUCAGCAAAAUCCGAGACUUGACGGCCCAGUUCUCUCGAGACGUCCAUCACGUUUGGCGGAAUGGCUCCGGGCGCGGACCAAGUUCGUGACAGUGAGUGGUUUAUACGUUUCAUCUCUUUUCCAUGUCGGUUGGUCCAUUGUCGAGCGAUGCUAUAGUAAAUGAUAUCCUACCCAUACAAUAUGUUCAACGCUGUUACGAGUAUAUACACACUCG